AUGUCCGCACCCGACGCAGAAGCCAAAGAAGCCUUCGCCUUGUUCGACAAGCGCGGAGCAGGAACGAUCCCCGCCUCGAGUCUCGGAGACAUCCUCCGCGCUCUGGGACAGAACCCGACGCAGAAGGAGGUGGCGGACCUCGCGCAGAGUGUUGGCGGUGGAGAGAUCGACUACUCGACUUUCGUCAACAUCCUCAACCGACCGGGCGGAUUUGACCCUGCAGGGACGGCAGACGAAUUCAUCCGUGGCUUUCAAGUGUUCGACAAAGACAACAACGGCUACAUCGGCCAAGGCGAGCUGCGAUACGUCCUUACCUCGUUGGGCGAGAAGUUGAGUGAUGAGGAGGUCGACGAGUUGCUCAAGGGGGUCAAGGUGACGCCCGAAGGCAACAUCAACUACGUCUCGUUCGUCCACCAGAUCCUCGGACAGUAA